CGCUGCGGGGCUUCGCGCCAUGACAUCAGCCUUGGUGUGGUGCAGUGUGCAAAGCCCACUGGUUGGCGUGGCGCGGGACACGCCUUCCCUAGAGCGGAACAAAACUGCUCGGAGGCCAGCGCGCCCAGCUGCUGCUUCCGAGAGUGUCUCCCACCCGGCGUGCAGUCCGAGCUAGCUGCCAGAAUGCCAAACUGGGGAGGAGGCAAGAAAUGUGGAGUAUGCCAGAAGACAGUUUACUUUGCUGAAGAGGUUCAGUGUGAAGGCAAUAGCUUCCACAAGUCCUGCUUCCUGUGCAUGAUCUGUAAGAAGAAUCUGGACAGCACCACUGUGGCCGUGCAUGGUGAGGAGAUCUACUGCAAGUCCUGCUACGGCAAGAAAUAUGGCCCAAAAGGCUAUGGCUAUGGGCAGGGUGCAGGCACACUGAGCACCGACAAGGGGGAGUCGCUGGGCAUCAAGCAUGAGGAGGCCCCUGGCCACAGGCCUACCACCAACCCCAAUGCAUCCAAGUUUGCCCAGAAAAUUGGUGGCUCUGAGCGCUGCCCUCGGUGUGCCCAGGCUGUCUAUGCUGCUGAGAAGGUGAUUGGUGCUGGGAAGUCUUGGCAUAAGUCCUGCUUCCGAUGUGCCAAGUGUGGCAAAGGCCUUGAGUCAACUACCCUGGCAGACAAGGAUGGCGAGAUUUACUGCAAAGGAUGCUAUGCUAAAAACUUCGGGCCCAAGGGCUUUGGCUUUGGGCAAGGAGCUGGGGCCUUGGUCCACUCUGAGUGA